GAGACCCUGCGCUCAUUUCCCCCGGAAGUGCUUUUUUUUUCUCCAUUGUGCGCGUGCGCAGAACAGUUGUGGCGGCGGCGACCGAAAAGGAGAUUGUAGCGCGGCGGCGGGUGUGGGUUCUGGUCUCUAGGCCGUCAGACUCCUGAGGCCCCCACCUAGCAGGAGAGCUGCGGUGGGGACGAGGCAUCUCAGACUCAGCAUCCAGAGGUUCCUCCCGCGGUUGGUAGAGCCCCGCAGCCCCCACUAUGGACUUCCAGCACCGCCCUGGGGGCAAGACCGGGAGCGGAGGCGUGGCCUCCUCCUCCGAGAGCAACCGGGACCGCCGGGAGCGUCUCCGGCAGCUGGCCCUAGAAACCAUUGACAUCAACAAGGACCCCUACUUCAUGAAGAACCACCUGGGCUCCUACGAGUGCAAGCUGUGCCUGACACUCCACAACAACGAGGGCAGCUACCUUGCGCACACCCAGGGGAAGAAGCAUCAGACUAACCUGGCCCGGCGAGCAGCCAAGGAGGCCAAGGAGGCCCCGGCCCAGCCGGCACCAGAGAAGGUCAAGGUGGAGGUGAAGAAGUUUGUGAAAAUCGGCCGCCCCGGCUACAAAGUGACCAAGCAGAGGGACACGGAGAUGGGCCAGCAGAGCCUCCUCUUCCAGAUUGACUACCCCGAGAUCGCCGAGGGCAUCAUGCCCCGCCACCGCUUCAUGUCUGCCUACGAGCAGAGGAUCGAGCCCCCGGACCGGCGCUGGCAGUACCUGCUGAUGGCCGCCGAGCCGUAUGAGACCAUCGCCUUCAAGGUCCCGAGCAGGGAGAUCGACAAGGCCGAGGGCAGGUUCUGGACUCACUGGAACCGGGAGACGAAGCAGUUCUUCCUCCAGUUCCACUUCAAGAUGGAGAAGCCGCCGGCCCCUCCAAGCCUCCCCGCCGGGCCCCCGGGGGUGAAGCGGCCCCCGCCCCCGCUGAUGAAUGGUCUGCCCCCUCGGCCCCCGCUGCCUGAGUCCUUACCUCCGCCCCCGCCAGGGGGCCUGCCUCUGCCUCCCAUGCCGCCCAGUGGGCCUGCACCCUCGGGGCCCCCGGGCCCUCCCCAGCUGCCGCCCCCAGCACCCGGGGUCCACCCCCCAGCCCCCGUGGGCCACCCACCAACAUCCGGGGUCCACCCCCCAGCUCCAGGGGUCCAUCCCCCCGCUCCCGGGGUCCACCCCUCAGCUCCCGGGGUCCACCCACCCACAUCUGGGGUCCACCCCCCUGCUCCGGGGGUCCACCCUCCAACCCCAGGGGUCCACCCACCCGCUCCAGGGGUCCAUCCACCAUCUGGGGUCCACCCUCCAACCCCAGGGGUCCACCCACCCGCUCCAGGGGUCCAUCCUCCACCAUCUGGGGUUCAUCCACAGGCCCCGGGGGUCCACCCUCCAGCUCCUGGGGUUCAUCCCCCAGCCCCAGGGAUCCACCCCCAGCCUCCUGGGGUUCACCCCCCACCUCCUGGGGUCCACCCAUCAGCCCCUGGAGUCCAUCCUCCAGCUCCUGGGGUCCACCCCCAGCCUCCUGGAGUUCACCCCUCAAAUCCUGGGGUACACCCCCCAACUCCUAUGCCCCCAAUGCUGAGACCCCCAUUGCCCUCCGAAGGCCCUGGGAACAUUCCCCCCCCUCCCCCAGCCAACUGAAAAGCUGCCGCCCUUCAGGGCAGGUCUCUGUGUGUGUUUUCCUGCGUGUGUCUCCUGAACCAAGUCUGGUGCUUCUGUACAGGGCUGGGCCGUGUCCCCAGAGCUCAUUAAACAGCACCCCAACACCUGGAGUGAGUCACUGGGCAGGUGGGCGUGGCUGUCCCUGGGGUGCCCCUCCAUGUCCUGGGGCUCAGGGCAUUGGGUGACCCUGGGGACUGUCAGGACUUGGUGGCCUGUUGUGGCAGCUGCCCCCUGGAGGUGGCUGGAUAGAGGAAAGGGCCUGCCAGCCCGCAGUGAGUCUGGGGUCUGUCCCCUGGGCGGAGAGCCAGGUAAAGACUACUCCCUGUGCUGGGGGCUCCAGGCCGAGGUGCCCGUGCUCUGCAGCCCCAAGUUGGGGGAACAUGGGGAGAUUCUCUGGCUGGGCCCCUCCUUGGAUCUGAACACUGAGUCAUGGGGUCUGCCUUUGGGCCUGGGUGUUCAGGGGGCCUCUGC